AUGAGUCUUGUUUUGUACAGUUCUUCAGAAUCUGAUGAUGAUUAUGAUAAUCAACAAAAUAAUAAUAUAAAACGUUUUAAACCACAAUUACCAUCUGUUAAUAUUCAACUUGAAAAUGAAAUUGAUUUAACUGAAAAAGAUUUUCAAAUACAAACUAAUGAUCGAACAAGAUUAUUUCCACAUGAAAGAGGAAAUUGGUCUUUAUCAAUUUAUGCAUUUGUUGAAUGUUCAUCUCAUUUGGAUACAAUGAUUGAUGAUUUAAUUGAAAUAUUUAAUAAUGAAAAUGAAAAUUGGAAACAUUUAAUUGAAUUACAUAUUAGUCUAUCAAAAACAUUUCCUAUUCGUUUUCAUCAUAUUGAAUCUAUACGAAAAUGUUUACAAUAUGAAUUAUCUAUUUCAAUGAUAAAAUUUUCAACUCGGAUUGAAAAUGUAACGAUAUUAAAUAAUGAAGAUAAAUCAACAUCAUUUUUAGUUUUUACACUUGAUCAAGAUGAACAAUUUUCUAAAUUAGUAGAAAUUGUUGAUAAAAUACUUCAUCAACAUCGAUAUCCAUGUUAUUAUGAGAAUCCUUGUUUUCAUAUUAGUUUUGCUUAUUCAAUAGAAAAAAAUCGACAAGACAAACUACCAAAUGAUUGGAAAGAAAAAUGUUUGUCUAUUUUAAAACAAUAUCAAUGUCAACCAAGUGCGAUAACAAUCACAAUUGAUGAUAUUCGUUUGAAAGCAGGCAAACGUAUUUAUCAAUUGACUAAAUCAUCAUAA